UUUGGGAGGGCACGCAGAGAAUUGCAGGGCGCCCUUGCUGGUAGAACACUCACGUUAGUUUUGGCUUCUGUCGGUAGGGCUAUUAUAUGGCACAAAUCUCUUCUCUAGCUUGUAGUAACAAGAAGCAUGGCGGAACGUCCCACAAUGCACUGCUGUAAGCCAGAAGAUCUCAUGAAUAUGCAGCACUGUAACUUGCUGUGUCUGCCUGAGAAUUACCAGAUGAAGUAUUACUUUUAUCAUGGCCUUUCUUGGCCACAGUUGUCCUACAUUGCAGAAGAUGAAAAUGGGAAAAUUGUUGGCUACGUCCUGGCAAAAAUGGAAGAAGAUCCAGAUGAUGUUCCACACGGGCACAUUACUUCUCUGGCUGUGAAACGCUCUCACAGAAGGCUUGGCCUUGCACAGAAGCUAAUGGACCAGGCCUCACGUGCGAUGAUUGAAAACUUUAAUGCCAAAUAUGUAUCUUUGCAUGUUAGAAAAAGCAACCGAGCGGCACUGCAUCUUUAUUCGAACACUCUAAAUUUCCAAAUCAGUGAGGUUGAGCCUAAAUAUUAUGCUGAUGGGGAGGAUGCGUAUGCUAUGAAACGAGACCUUGCUCAAAUGGCUGAUGUGUUGAGAAAGCAGCUUGAAAUAAAAGAGAAGAGCCGCCCACUGAGCGCCAUAGAAAAUAAAUCUGAUAACCGAUCUGGACAUGUAGGAGACUGCUGUCGGGAUGAGAAAUGCAUGGGGAAUUCCGGCAAAAGGGACCUCACAGAAGACAGUGGAGAUAGUAAGGAUGUAAGUGAAGUCAGUGAGGCAACCGAGAGCACUGAUGUUAAGGACAGUUCAGAGGCUUCAGACUCUGCCUCAUAAAUGAGGCUUCAACAGAACCGACACAAACCCUUUCCUGUCAUCGGUCUACCCUGGCAAGUGGUGCCUGCCUGUCCCUGAAAGUGUCUGUUUUCUGAAUUACCUUGCUGAAGCUUAAAGGGAUACUGUCAUGGGAAAAUUUUUUUUUUAAAAACACAUCCAUUAAUAGUGCUGCUCCAGCAGAAUUCUGCACUGAAAUCCGUUUCUCAAAAGAGCAAACAGAUUUUUUUAUAUUUAAUGUUGAAAUCUGACAUGGGGCUAGACAGUCAGGUCAGUUUCCCAGCUGCUUCCAGUCA